CCCUGCCAGUCCCUCGCCUCCCCGCUGAGGCGGCCGAGCAGACGAAACUGUAAGAGUAAAUGGGUCCAGUAAUUGGAAUGACUCCAGAAAAGAGAGCUGAAACUCCAGGAGCUGAAAAGGUUGCAGGAUUAAGCCAGAUUUACAAAAUGGGAAGCUUGCCUGAAGCUGUUGAUGCUGCCAGGCCAAAGGCCACUCUAGUGGACAGUGAGUCAGCAGAUGAUGAACUCACAAACUUGAACUGGCUUCAUGAAAGUACUAAUCUUCUAACAAACUUCAGCUUUGGAAGUGAGGGUCUUCCAAUUGUUAGUCCAUUGUAUGACAUAGAGGGAGAUGAUGUGCCAUCCUUAGGACCAUCUUGCUAUCAGAACCCAGAAAAAAAAUCAGCAACUGCAAAGCCCCCAUAUUCCUUUAGUCUUCUCAUUUACAUGGCCAUUGAACACUCUCCAAAUAAAUGUUUGCCUGUCAAAGAAAUUUAUAGCUGGAUUUUGGAUCGCUUCCCAUAUUUUGCUACUGCACCAACAGGCUGGAAGAAUUCUGUUCGACAUAAUCUGUCCCUGAAUAAAUGUUUUCAGAAAGUGGAAAGAAGCCAUGGCAAGGUCAAUGGAAAAGGUUCCUUAUGGUGUGUUGAUCCGGAAUAUAAACCCAACCUUAUGCAGGCACUGAAGAAGCAACCUUUUUCCUCAGCAUUAACAUUUUACACCCCUCCUGCAUCUCCACAAAGUGGCUCUUUAUCACCUCAUUUCUUAAGCUCUGUACUCAAGCAGAACCAGGUGCGAACCCUUAAAGAAUCUGAUAUUGAUGCUGCCACUGCGAUGAUGCUUUUAAAUACUUCUAUAGAACAAGGCAUUUUAGAAUGUGAGAAGCCUCUUCCUCUUAAAACAGCAAUGCAAAAAAAGAGGAGUUAUGGCAAUGCAUUUAAUCAUCCCAGUAGUGUGCGAUUGCAAGAGAGUGAUUCUUUGGCCACAAGCAUUGAUCCAAAAGAAGACCACAAUUACAGUGCAAGCAGCAUGGCAGCACAGCGCUGUGCGUCCAGGUCUAGUGUGUCUUCUCUGUCCUCUGUGGAUGAGGCAUAUGAAUUUAUCCCAAAGAGCAGCCAUGUGGGAAGUGAUGGCAGUGAAGGAUUUCACAGUGAAGAAGAUACAGAUGUUGAUUAUGAAGAUGAUCCUCUUGGAGACAGUGGCUAUGCAUCACAGGCUUGUGCAGAUGCCUCUGAAAAAGGGCAGCCAGGCAAAAAGAUGCGCAAACAGUUAUGUCAAGAAAUUGAUGAGGAGCUCAAAGAGGCAGCUGGAUCUCUGCUCCACCUUGCUGGAAUCCGAACAUGUCUGGGUUCCCUAAUAAGUACUGCGAAGACACAAAAUCAAAAGCAGCGGAAAAAAUAGAAAUACUUAUUAGUGUGAAAUUAUUUUAAAGUGUGGCAAUACUCUUCUACUUAAUUCUUUACAAGGGAUAUCAAAGCCAUAAUGGACUUCUUUUGUUUUAGGGUGGGGGAGGGGUGCUAAUUACUUGUUUAUUUCACAACAUGUUUGUUUUAAUUUUUAUUAAAUAAUUGCUGUUAGGAUCAUGCCCAACCAUAGAUACGCUGCCAAGUCCUAAAAGCAUAAUAUUUGUGAUAAGUGUGUCUAAGAUUUGGAAAUUUUUAUAUAAGAAAAUCCACAGCCUGUGUCUUAAAGCUUGUAGGAAAAAUCUUUUAUUCUGUUAAUGUGUUAAAGUGUAAGAAUUGGCAACUCUGUAACUUUUUUUCAUUUUCUUUUCCAAUCAUUUGUAAUUAACUGUAGUUGCUGAUCCAGCUAAAAAUGUUGCUGAUGUCUUUCUCACAUACUUCUCUCUGGACACAUGCAAUCCAGUAGAAUGAGAUUUGGAUUUUUUUAUUUUGUCUUAAUUUUAGUUUUUAAUUAUUUUUCGCUGAAGCGUGGACAAAGUUGAAUAUAAAUUGGAAAAGGUCCUAGAUGUCUAGAAAGCUCCUUUUGGCUACAUAGGCAGGAAGUAUAACAAAGAGUUCUGAAAUUUAGAAAAGGCAGUUUUGUGGUAAAAUUUCAAAUAAGAACACUCCCAAUUCCUAUUAUAAUAUUAUCUUUGAAUUUUUUUUACUUCCCAGAUGUUGCAUAACAUUUAUUGGGGCCUUUUGUUCAUUCCCAAAGUGCUUUGCA